GAGGCGGCGGGGGCCGCGACACACCCAAGAUGGCGGCGCCUCUCCCCCGCUUCCCUCCCGACCUUCUUCCCGUGAGCCUCAGCGGCCCCUUCCCGCCUCGCCCCGCCGCAGCGACAAGAUGGCGCCGGUGCCGGUGCCCCUCAAGGACAUGAAGCUGCUGGACGUGAAGCUGGGCCAGCUGCCCACCUGGCUGGCCAUGAGGGACUUCACCCCCGGAGGCAUCGGGGGGGCCCUGCGCAGAGGGUAUGAGAGGUAUUAUAAUAAAUAUAUCAAUGUGAAGAAAGGGGGCCUUGGUGGUAUCAGCAUGGUGCUUGCUGGAUACGUUGUCAUCAGCUACAUGUGGAGCUACAGUCACUUGAAGCACGACCGUCGCAGGAAGUAUCACUGACGCACAAAUUUCAGAAAGUGAAGGUGCAGCUCCCGAAUAGACUCGGCUACUGGAACAGUUACCCGACAGGAGACAUCAGAACUGUUCAUAAUAAACUCUGUACUAUUAUGACCAAUAAUAAAGUGCGUACACUUUACACCCACUGA